CUCUUGAAUUAUAUCAAAGUCUCAGAAGCAACUCCCCGGGGCUUCUUUUUACGCCACCAUGCCUCCAAUUAGCAAUACCUAUUGAGCAUUAUGUCGAAAAAGCCCCGACCUCAUCACUCAGUUGCGCCUUUUUAUAGGAUCCCUUUGCGAUGGUGAUCUUCAGAGAGCCCUUCUCCCACUCAUCGGUGGUAAUGAAGAUCGUCUGCCAUCACUGGAUUCCUUGAUCACUUCGGCGAUCGCCUAUGAAAGGGAUGUUCAUGCGUAGAAUGAGGUUUGCCAAACAGGCACAAUGGAUUGGGCUCCAGAAGUCUCCGCAAUCCAUAACACAGGUUCUACCUUACGCAAUCAGAGCUCACUGUUCCAAUUGUCGUCAUCGACUCCCUAUGUUCAGCCUGCCAUAGGUUCCUCUCCACUGACUUUUAGCAAGUCGUCAACUCAGCAAUACUCGCAAUCCUCACCAUUUCCAAGACCCGUUCCACAAAGGUCCGCCAAAUCAAAAGCACCAACACACUUCAAGUAUGCUAGAGAUGCUGAGGGAAAUUUCAUAUGCCACUACUGCGGUCAAUCGCAUCGCACCAAGCAGUGCAAGACCAAAUCUGCAUCGUUGCACCCAACAAAGCUCAAGCCUCAUACCGCUAAUGUGUCGCAGGUCCAACAAAUGCUAAUGUCUUCCAUCAACUCCUCAUCCGAUUGCGAUACAAUCAGAUAUAUUGAAACAGGUACGGCUGCAAAAUAUGUUGCUGCUCCAAUCGUUUCACUGGAAGUGAACCACAGACCAUUUUCCACCUUAAUUGACACCGGUGCCGAUAUUACUUUGCUGAACGAAAACGUCCUCCGUCAGUUCAACAUUCAAUACGAUAAGUCCAACACUUAUUAGUAUAAAGAUGUGAAUGGAAAUGUGAUGAGGACCACAGGCUUUGCCAAAGUCUGCGUCUUCGACCGCACUUUGACCUGGCAUGUUCUCCCGCAGCUAUCUCAUGAUCUAAUCCUUGGUUGGGACUCCAUUGACGACGCCGUUACGUUUUAUACACCAGAACCAAAGAUGUUCCAUAUCGCAGCCAGGAAUUCUCCAAUGUUGACAGCGGCACC